AGGGCCAAAGGGGGUGGUCUGGGACCAAUAAUUAAUUGUUGCUGUUCUACAGAUAGAUUAUGGCAUUCAAAAAUCAAAAGUUAUUUCUUUGGCAAGUUUGACGCAAACUAAUCAGUACGACGAUUCAGUAUGUUAUAACCUUAUAACCUUUUCAUUGUAAUCAGAGCUUUUCACGGUUGCAAUAUGUGAUGGAUUUUUUCCCUCGCACUUCUGUACUUGUACCGUCAGUACGUACAAUUCUUUUGUGAAGAUUGCGAUAUCGUUGUGAUUGUUUUGCUUUAUCCGCUUUAUCGACCGAAACCUGAUUAUUACAAAAGGUGUGAAUCUGAUCAAUAACCAGAAAUAAAAUGGUUCGGGUCGGAUCUCUAUUACGUGCAAUCUCGAAAGAUCACACUAUUCUGGGCCUGCGGAACCGCGGAGUGGAUAUCCUUCGGAACCCCAGACUAAAUAAGGGUAUGGCAUUUUCCUUGAAAGAACGUCAGAUUUUGGGCAUCCACGGACUUCUGCCGCCAAUUGUUUUAACGCAGGACGAGCAGGUGUAUCGCACCAUGCAGAGUUAUACGCGUACACCAACCGACCUCGAUAAAUAUUCCUUCCUGUCCGCAUUGCAGGACCGAAACGAAAAACUUUUUUACCGACUUCUGAGUGAAAAUGUGGAAUCGAUGAUGCCGAUUGUCUAUACUCCCACCGUGGGCUUGGCGUGCCAGAAAUUUGGGAUGGUUUAUAGACGUCCAAGAGGUUUGUUUAUAACCAUCCAUGAUAUCGGGCACGUGUUUGAAAUUUUGAGCAACUGGCCGGAAGAAGCUGUCAAAGCUAUUGUUGUUACCGAUGGUGAGCGUAUCCUUGGGUUGGGAGAUCUUGGAGCAUUUGGCAUGGGUAUUCCCAUUGGAAAGCUGGCACUCUAUACUGCACUGGGUGGUGUUAAGCCUCAUCAGUGUUUACCUAUCUGUCUUGAUGUUGGAACAGAUAAUGAGGCUUUACUCAGCAACAAAUUAUAUAUUGGACUACGGCAAAAGCGAGAACGAGGCCCGGCUUACGAUGAAUUGAUUGAUGAAUUUAUGCAGGCGGUGACUGCGAGAUGGGGUCCGAAUACUCUCAUACAGUUUGAAGAUUUUGCGAAUGUUAAUGCUCAACGACUGUUGGAUAAAUACCAGAAGCAUUAUUGCACCUUUAACGAUGACAUUCAAGGUACCGCUGGUGUUGCACUAGCGGGGUUAUUGGCUUCCUUGAGGGUUUCCGGCAAGAAAAUGCGUGACCAUACCAUAUUUUUCCAGGGAGCCGGUUCGGCUGCUUGUGGUAUUGCGAAUUUUUUGGUGUUGCAAAUGAUGGAAGAAGGACUGCCUGAGAAAGAAGCAGUUGACAGGAUUUGGAUGAAUGAUGCUGAUGGAUUGAUUGUCCUUGACCGCCCGGCUGGAAUGUCUGGCGCCAAGGCACGUUUUGCGAAAAACUUGCCUCAUAUGAACGAUUUUCAGAAAUCCGUGGAAAUGGUGAAGCCAUCGAUUUUGAUUGGUGCUUGUGCGACAGCGGGCGUUUUUACGGAACAGAUUUUACGAAAUAUGGCAAAAUGGAACGAGCGACCAGUAAUAUUCGCUCUGAGUAAUCCCACAAGCAAGGCCGAAUGCACUGCGCAGGAAGCAUAUACUUAUACGGAAGGUCGAGCUCUAUUUGCUUCGGGAAGUCCUUUCGAUCCGGUGAAUUACAACGGAAAAAUAUACCGUCCUGGUCAAGGAAACAACGCGUACAUUUUCCCCGGUGUUGCUUUGGGUGCCAUCGCCUGUGGAAUGAAGCAUAUAAGUGACAAGGUGUUCUUGCACGCUGCAAGGGCUUGUGCCAGUAUGGUUACAGCUGGUGAUCUCGAUGCUGGCCGGCUCUAUCCCCCUCUGGCCAAUAUCCGAUCAGCUUCUUUCGAUAUUGCUGUAUCAACAAUGCAGGAAGCUUAUGAUGAUGGAACCGCGUCACUGGAUCCGGAGCCUAAAGAUAAGGCACAGUUCAUCAAAUCCAAAACAUAUAGCUAUCACUACGAUAGCUUCAUGCCGAUUAUGUACGACUGGCCGAAGGAAGCGGGCUGGGAACCGAGCGACGAAGAGUUUGCGAAGUUCGGUGACUUAGUGUGAAAUGCAGUGAAACUAUGACUAUAAGCUUUGUGAUGGUAAUUUGUAGAUUCCCUAUGUAUGUUCCUAAAUUUUUCGGUACUGUGUGAGGUUGCAGGAAGCAAAAUCAGAUGUGUUGAGUGUUCAAAUAGAAAUUGUUAGAAGUUUGUUGCUUUUGGAUGCAGCUGAAAAUGGCAUCUCUACUGCGUACGAUGCAUUUGUAAUUUUUAACUUAUACCAGUUUUUAUCUUCUUAACUGUGAGAUCGAAAUGCAGCGAAGGCGAUUUAAUGGAAUACGAAACGGUGUGGCUGCAUGAAUGAACUGAAAUUACCGCUG